AUGCAUACCGUCAUCUCCAUAGUUACCCUCCUUUUUCUGUUGACACCAAUCUUGGCUGGUCCAAUUCGGAGGCCCGACAAUGUAAUACGCAGAUUGAAUCAACCACAGAAACGCUAUGUAGUAGACAACCUAGUCACAGUAACCCAUAGACGGCCGAGGAGGCGACAAGCUCCCACAGAUCCUGCGAACAAAGCGGCCGCAACGCAAACAGAGUCGAGCGCCAACCCGUUUGCGACCCAGACAGGGACUGGAACGGAAAACGGAGCGGUCCCUGCUGUUGGCGUGGGAGGAGACAAUACCAGCCUGCUCAGCCUGCUGACGCAAACCACGAUCGAAGUAGCCACUCAGACGGUUGCAUCUAGCGAGGCGACCGCUUCAACAACAGACAACUCCGCCCCCGAACAGCCCGCAACUUCCAACAGCUCGGGGUCCUCAGAUAAUACGUCGGAAAUAGUGGGCUCUGGAACCGCUAUUCAACCCAACGCGGCGCAGACCGGUGCACAAGAGCAAUCGACCUCAACCGUCACCGUGCAAGCCCAAACAACUGUCUUCCAGACUGUAUUCGUUACUGCAGAAGUCACUGCAUCAACUACUGUCUCUGGCGCUGGGAUUGCAACAACGUCGACCACCCCGUCAGGCACCGUUGCAGAAGCUUCCCCUCCUGCGUCGAGUACCGGAGCUGGAGAUCAAGGAGACCAACAACCUGCCGCAGCUGUAACAGUUGUCUUCGUCACUCUCAGCCCAACCUUCACUGGUCCUAUAGCUGGAUACACGACACUCACACCAGACGCGAACGGUAACGCCGCCAGCACUACUACCACCGAUCAACAAAAGCUGCCAUCGACAACCGCGGCUGCUAGCACCAUGACCCCAAUCCCUCCAGAACCUGCGACAGCCGCAACUACUUCACCAUUGUCGCCCGCCCCCGAACCAGCUGCUGAAACAGUCCCAAUUACAUCAACUACCACUAAACCAGUGGAUUCAUCUCCAGCAUCGCCUUCUGGUGCAACAGCGACUUCGGCAACGGAUGGGUUGGCUGUCGUUCCAGUGACGCUCAACCCCACUCAAGCUCAGAUUACGGUUACCGAGACCGUGACUACCACUGUUACUGCGCGAUAG